CUUCUCUUUUGGCUAAAAUUUAUUGAAUUCUUGUUUUUUUUAACAUCAUGUAAAUUUAUCGUUAGAAAUACAUUUUCAAAAAGGAAAUCAAAAUUUUUUCGUAAACAAGUCAAUCAUUAUAAAAAAAUACCUUGGUCAUAUCGCUGAAUUAAUUUCUUGGGAUUCAACAGCUUGAAGUCGCUAAAUAAACAUACUCACAUUUUCAAAGAAAGAUGGACUCAUCAAACAGUUCUACGGAUGAUGAUUGCAAUAUAUACAUCAGUGCUGCCCAAAAGCUUAAGGAACUAAACAGCAAAGAAAAAAAGAAAUCACGCAUAGCUGUACAUGAGGAUGAUGACGAAGAAGAUGAUGAUGAUGAUGAUGUGGUUUGUCAAGAUUCAAGUCCUGAUGUUGUUUCCAAAGAAGAAGAAGCAAUGGAAGAUUCAUCGAAGGACGAGACAUCUACGGAUGAACUAGAAGAAAUGUCAUCGGAAGAAAGUAAUUUAGAUAAGAGUCCAAUAACUCUUUCGGACAAUGACUCAAGUGACAUUGAAAGGCUUGUUAGAUCUGAAAGAAAACGAAAAGCUCCUCAAAAUCCUGAACAGCAAAAGACUAUACCUGCAAAUAAUCGAAAAAACGUUGACGAAAGUAUUGAAAAUUUAUUAGAUGAUAGCUAUGAUAAUUCUUUCCAACUUUCACAAGAAGACGAUGACUAUGUCGUGAUAGGGUCUCCACCCCCUGCAAAAAAAUUGGAUGAUGACUAUGAAGUUGGCGUCAAGGUUUUAUGGAAAUCUAAUAAAAUGGAACGUUUUCAAAUCAGAAGACACGAGACAUUUCAAAAGAUAUUCAUGCAUUUUGCUAAGUUGGAAGGAGUACCAGAGGAUCAAAUUCGCAUUACCAAAAAAGGCAAACGAAUUACUGCUUUGGACACGCCUAUAACUGUUGAUUGGUCAAUUGUGGAUAUAUUUGAUGGUGGUGUUGUGAGUGCGGAAGUCGCCAAAAAAAAGCAUGGCUCCGCACAGGAUGCAGAAUCAGAGAACUCUUGUCAAAUAAAAAUUCAGUCGUUAGAAAAAGGAACUUUAAAUUUUACUUUGAAAAAGACUGACACAUUUGAGGUUCUAUUAAAAUAUUGUUCCGAAAAGUUAGGUGUUCCUGAAUCAAAAAUAAAAUUCUACUUUGAUGGAGAACUUGUUGAUAUCGAGGAAACUCCUGAUACUCUUGAUCUUGAUGACGAAAACUGUUUUGAUAUGAAAAUUUCCCAGUAAUAGUGUUAUCAGCUUUAUGUUGAUACAUUAUUGCAACUGGAAGUGAAGAAAUUGUCUUGUGUAUGUAAUAUUCAUGGCUAGAUAGCAUGCUGGAAUAAAAAAACUGUAAAUAGCUGCGAGCAAUAACAACAAAAAAUCAA